GACGUCAGCGCGCAGCGGCGGUGCAGUGAUGCGCGGCGAUUGGGUGAGCGCGGAGCUAAACUCUGUUGUUCAGUAAAAAGACAAGAUACCGAUAACAAAAACAACAGCUGCGGCCGCAUGGGGCCAACUAAAGACACAUUCGCACUUUUCGGGAUCACACUAUAAACAUUUCGGAUGCCACGAUGGCUGCAAACUUCACCAUUUCCGACAGCGAGUCAGAGUCAUCGGAAGAGGUAAAGGAAGAAGAAAAUAACCAAUCAUCAAGUGGACAACAGCAGCAGGUUUUUCAACGUCAAGCCCUCACCCUACCUGAGCUCAGAAUGGCAGCGUCCGGUCGAAUCAGGCUGAACUCAGAGUCCCACGCUUCCACUGUCUCCAGAGACGGGGAGCUCCAGGCGAGGGGGGAAGACGAGGCUGGUACGCCCACUGAGGGAGCUCCAUUCCGGGGACGGUCCAAGUCAGCGCCUCCUGCCUUGUGGGCAGCCAAGAAAUACGGCCAGCAGCUGCGAAGGAUGAGCGACGAGUUUGACAGCCUGCUCGAUAAAAGGGAAAUGAAGAGGGUAAGGAGUGCUGGGACGGCCAAACAGAUGCACCACUCUAAAAGCUGGUGGAGCUACCUCUUUAGUCACCAGGAGGCCGAGGGAGAGAACAGCCACCAUGAAAACCACACACACCGCACUGAGUAGGCACCGAGAGAGGAAAUAGGAGUGCUACAAGGUUUGAGGAAUGGAGGAAUCGAUGGGAAUGACAAGAAAGCAAUGGGGAAGCCAAGAAAACAGUUGUGAUGAGAACAAUGAGACCUGCUCUGAGAAGUGACGGAAAAAAGGUUUGUUUUGAACAAAAAGAGGCAUGGCUAAGUGGAUGGCUGAGUGUCCCAUGUCAUUUUUCUAUCAUUACAUUUAAAAAAAAAAAAAAAAAAAAAAUUAUUGUAUUUGUUUGUUUGUAUUGUUGGGUGCCGCAUUGUGAAAGGGUAAACAUCAGUCAGGCAUGAGGAUAACCCUACAGAAUGGAGAAAAUGAUGGAGAGAUGAUCUCUUGAAAACACAAAAGAAAGACUAGCAUAUAAGUGGAUUUCAGAGGUGACCACUCAGUUAAAAGAUGCUUACCAUUUCAGUUGUCUCUCCCAUCAGCACUAUGCAAUAUACUGUAGAUGGAGAGAUAAAUGUACUGAAAUCAAAGCACCUGAGACCUCCGUGAAUGCUGUUAGAAUUUCCUUCCUUGUUUUCUUGAGGAAGUCCCCAAUGUCACUGCGUUACUAAUGCUUAUUUUGCUCCAAAUGUUUGUGCUUGACAAACACAAGCUAAUGGAGAUCACUGUAAUUGUGUGCCAAAAUGAUCCGCAGGCAACAGAGGAAAGAGUAUAAAAAAGGAAGGAUUUUUUUAAAGUAUUCAACACAGGCCUUCAUCCAGCUUCCUGUUCUGCUACCUGCAAGCCAGUACCAUUUAAACAGCUGUACUCGACUAUCAUUAACUGCUUUAUAUCUCAAAUUUAUCAAAAGGAGAACAAUCUCGUACAAGGACAAUCUCUGCAGAAAUAAUAUCUUUUGUAAAACUUCAGGGUUAGAUUAUAUCUGAAGAAAAUGACAUUAAACAUACUUAUAAAAGCACAAACCAAUAUGAAUCUAUCUUUUUAAUGCCUUGCAUUAGCAAAAAAAAAAAACAGACUUUGGAAUUUUUAUGUGUAAAUAUUUUGUUAAUAUUUUAUCAAAUGGCGAAGGUGGUUUAGCCAGAAUUUUAUUUUACGAGGUUACCAUUCUAUUUAAUAAGUUUGGCCAACCUAGCAAUAGGCAGUGAACAAUCCAUGGCUGUUGUGAUAAAUGUUAUGUGCAUAUUUAGAGAUGUGGGUGGGAAUGAAUUAACUGCUGUACAAGGAGCCAACACACUAGCCUUUGGCCCCAUUUCCUCACUAACCAGUGCAUAUAGAAGAUGGAUUUAGAGUCUAGUCACAUUGAAACACAGGUGUAGGGGUUUAAACAGGAUUUUUCCCAACUGUCUGCCAAGUUUGUUUAGGAAAGUGAGUUUCCAGUCCUGUUGGGUUUAUAAAACAAUUUGUUUUGCAGUUUCAUCUGCAUUGAGAUGUGAAUAAUAUGGGAUCUUGACCUAUCAAGCCUUAGGUCUAGGAGUGCUGAUCUGAUGCCAGAUUUGCUAUUUUUGUUGGCACACACAAUAUGACCUUUGUGGGAGUUAUUACUAUUCAUAUUAAUGAUUCUAAAUUAAGAUCAGCACUUCUACACAGCUGGGUAAAUAUGAUUAGGCUAUUUGUGACUUGUUUAUCAAUAUGUGAUUAUUGAAAAUGGUAAUAGGUUUGUUCUACUUGUGUCUUAUUCUCUUCUUCUCGACUUGUAGGGUUGAGUUGUGAAGUGCUCGGGUGUGCAGGCUGGGGGCUGCAUUUGUAUCGUCUUUAAACUGAAACUUCGCUCCCCCUUUUUUUUUAUAGCUUUUCUUAAACUUGGUUAUGAAAUUUUAAAGUUUUAAGAGAAUUCUCGACAAUCUGAAUAGCACCACCUUUUUCAAGAUUCACCCAAGUCUACCAUGUGUUGAAUAACAUAUGCAUCACCCUGACUGUAAAAUGAAUUGACUGAAAAAUUUUUGGUGACCCUUCAAAUUGAAUUGGUAUCUGGUAUGAAGGUCCCAACACAAGUAAUACUGUUAGACUCAGCUGUGACAUCUAAACUACUUAGUCCUCAAAAAAAGGAGUGACUCCACCAUUUUAUGAUAUCAGAUUUCUCACACAUACUAAUAGGGAAAUCAGGAAUGACUGUUUAAGUAAUUGUGCUGUCACAACAAAUACUGUUUUACAAGUCACUCCUAGUAGACCUGUGCUUUGACACAAGAAGUACAGUUGAAUCAACUGGCAUAUAUGUACAUGGUGUUGAGAGCUUGGGGCCAGAUAAGAAUGCUUUAAUCUCUCUUGAAAAUAAAGUUCAGCUGGAAUUUAAAAGAGUAUAAAAUAUUGUUAUGAACUGCCUUGAACAUGCUGUAACCUGUGAUGUGACACCGCAUAGCCAGCCUUGUCUGUUACCCAAUUACCGCCUUAAACUUUACAGCUCGUUGUCCCAUUUUACGCUCAAGGGGGGGGAAAAAAAGCACAAUAAUGUGGAGGUGCGUUUGCUGUCACAACUGUGAGGAAAAAACAUUAUAAUAGCUAACACGGAUUUUGGCUGGAUAAGCCAUUUCAGAAGACAUCGUGGUUUUGUCUUUUAAACAUUUAUGACAGUGAACACACCCCAGAGGAAAAACCUGCCUGAGCACAUGGAGUUUUGCAACCAUCCUUUGUAUUACUUGAAUCUGGAGAUGUGUAUGGAGAAAAUUGAAUUCUAAUAUUUCCUUCUUUUUUUUUUUGUUGGAUUCCUUUUAACUUUUUAAUGACUUUUGUAAAUGUAUUUUCUCUACAGCAGUGAAACUUCUAGUUUAUGCUGUCUGAAUAAAUAAUUUUAAGAGUG